AUGUUGUCAAAAGAAGUCUCGAGUCAACUUCGAUAUCCUGAUUAUUGGGAAAGAUCAUAUUCACAAUGGAGUCUGGACACCUGGAAGCAGUUUUUCUAUGAAAAAAUUCCCAGGGCAACAAAGCGGGGGUCAUGCAAUGCUUUAGCAAAAGAACUAGAAAUUUUGGCCAAUAACUUAAAGCCAAAAUCAAAGGAAAGACAAAAAGCAUUAUCGUUAAAGCGUGGACUAAAGGAAUGUGCAAAUGUUAGCGUGUGCUACGCCCUGUACCCGCGCGCUACGGGGAGGAGCGUCCAGUCAUAUGAGAACCCUUUCUUAUAUGCCGUGUCGGGCACGUCUCGCAACACCUUGCUAUUUGGUUCAUUUACAGAUUCCAGAGGAGGAAUCAGUUAUGAGGACCUUACUCGCAACUUACAUACUAUUGUAGAGGCCUGGCAAAAAGAGCAAAGGAAAGGAAAAUAA